AUGGUUACUUGCUAUUCAAGCUGCCUCGUCGCCCAAACCUUUCCACGCGAUUCAGUGCUGGUCCCCGUCCAUCUACAGCCCUCUCGCAGAGCACCGUUCGGCCUAGACCUCACUCGAAAACGGUCGCUGAUCCGGCGCCUUGGUCCACACGUUUGGCUUGACCAGAAUCCGGCUCCAUCUGUGGCGGCUAUCAGAUGCCCUCCUACUCUGUCACCGCCGGCGAGGCGAAUGACGAGGUGUCUUUUUUAUCGCACGCCCAAAGUCUUUGGCGUCGAUCGGGGACCUGUUUUGGAUCAUGACGCCUCGACCUUUGGCAUCGUCACAACACACGCAGCCGGCUCUGCUGUGCGUCGCGGGCGUUUUCUGUGA